GCUACCCCGUCUGAUCGAUCCGCAAUUGACGGUUAGUUCCUUUCCCGCGGUCUUCUAAGCAAGACUCAGCAUCCGAACUAGUGAGCAGCAGCAGGAAGCGGAUCCCCAUUCGCAACUUCCAACUUGCGAAUUAUUGCAUUCUUUCGACCCUAAUACUAGCCAAAACCCCCCGCUAAGCCAUGUCCGGAUUAGCCGAUCCCGUUGCCUUCCUGAAGGAUUUUGCCGCCGGUGGUAUCUCGGCGGCCAUCUCCAAGACCGCUGUGGCCCCCAUCGAGCGUGUCAAGCUGCUGCUUCAGGUUCAGCACAUCUCCAAACAGAUCGCCGAAGCCGACCGAUACAAGGGCAUGGUGGACUGCUUCGUACGAAUUCCCAAGGAGCAGGGAAUCGGCGCCUACUGGCGUGGUAACAUGGCCAACGUCAUCCGGUACUUCCCUACCCAGGCACUGAACUUCGCCUUCAAGGACAAGUACAAGCAGGUAUUCCUGGGUGGCGUCGACAAGAACACCCAGUUUGUGAGAUACUUCGUUGGUAACCUGGCCUCCGGCGGUAUGGCUGGUGCCACCUCGCUGUGCUUUGUCUACCCCCUUGACUUCGCCCGUACCCGUUUGGCUGCUGAUGUCGGCAAGGGUGCCGGUGAACGUGAAUUCAAAGGUUUGGGUGAUUGCUUGGGUAAGAUCUUCAAGACUGACGGUAUUGUUGGUCUGUACCGUGGUUUCGGUGUAUCAGUGCAGGGUAUCAUCAUCUACCGUGCUGCCUACUUUGGCUUCUACGACACUGCUCGUGGUAUGCUGCCAAAUCCUAAGACCACUCCGUGGUACGUCAGCUGGGCCAUCGCUCAGGUCGUCACUACCGUUGCUGGUAUCGUUUCCUAUCCCUUCGACACCGUUCGUCGUCGUAUGAUGAUGCAGUCCGGUCGUGCCAAGUCCGAGAUCAUCUACAAGAGCACAUUACACUGUUGGGGUACGAUUGCCAAACAGGAAGGUACUGGAGCAUUCUUCAAGGGUGCCUUCUCGAACGUUCUUCGUGGCACUGGCGGUGCUUUCGUACUUGUGUUGUACGAUGAAAUCAAGAAGGUGCUGUAAACUUCUGCAAAAACCCUGCUUUUAAUGCGUUUUCGUCCUUUCCACUAUGAAUUCCCCGUAAUCCCUCAUUGCUUCCUUUCCUUCCAUAAUCGAAUCCCGUGGUAGUUCCUAGUCUCUUUCUCUCUUAAACUAGUGUAUUAUUAUGUAUAUUGUCUCCUCUUAAGCGAUUCGACUGUUGUGUUCACGAAGCAACCUGUCACAAAUGUUGCGUAUUUUGCGUGUAAAUGUACAAACAGAAAUCUAAGAUCCAAUGUGAUGCAGCGAAAAAAAAUGAAAAAUUAACAGGAAAAAGUGCGAUGUAAAGUGCUAAGUGCGGCGAAAAUAUGGAACCUAAAAAUAAGAUAAACCGAAUAAAAAAUAAACAACAUCAACCCAA